CCUAUCAUCACCAUGGCUUAUAUUAAGGUUCAUGUUUUGCUAUUUUUAUUACCAAUAAUUUUAGCCAUUGAAUCUUCACUUUCCUAUGAAAGGCCACCACCAAGAAAAUCAACAUUUUUAUCUUUAUCUCAAGAUCUUGAUUCCUCUUCUCCUCAACAGGUGCACAUUUCGAUGGUGGGUGAAGACAAGAUGAGGAUUUCGUGGAUAACGGAAGAUUCCGGUUCACCGGCGACGGUGAAGUACGGUACAUCUCCGGGAAGUUACCCAUUUUCAGCAAAUGGGGAGACUACAAAAUAUAGAUAUAUUUUGUAUAAAUCAGGUGAAAUACAUAAUGUUGUUAUUGGGCCAUUAAAGCCCAAUACAGUUUACUACUACAUUUGUGGACCAUUUACAAGCCCAGAAUUCAAUUUCAAAACCCCUCCAGCUGGAUUUCCUAUCAAAUUUGCAGUUGUAGGUGAUCUAGGGCAAACAGAUUGGACAACGUCAACCCUCGAUCAUAUUUCAAAAUCAAAUUACGAUGUCAUGUUGUUACCCGGGGACUUGUCGUAUGCAGACACUAUGCAGCCACUAUGGGACUCGUUCGGACGAUUGGUGGAGCCGCUAUCGAGCCACCGCCCGUGGAUGGUGACUCAAGGCAACCAUGAGGUUGAGAAAAUACCAAUUCUACAUAGCCAGUCUUUUACAUCAUAUAAUGCAAGAUGGCUCAUGCCAUUUAAACAAAGUGGUUCAACUUCAAAUUUGUACUAUUCAUUUGAAGUUAGUGGGCUUCAUAUCAUUAUGUUGGGCUCAUACACUGAUUUUGGGCCUGGAUCAGCCCAAUACAAUUGGCUCAAAAAUGAUUUGAAUAAAAUUGAUAGGAAAAAAACACCAUGGCUUAUUGUUAUUGUACAUGCACCAUGGUACAAUUCUAACACUGCUCAUCAAGGUGAGUAUGAAUCUUAUGGCAUGAAAUCAUCUAUGGAGGAUUUACUCUUCAAGGCUCAUGUCGAUAUCGUCUUCGCGGGACAUGUUCAUGCUUACGAGAGAUUUACUCGAGUAUACAAAGACAAAGCCAACAAUUGUGGUCCAAUAUACAUCACAAUUGGAGAUGGUGGCAACAGAGAAGGCCUAGCCAGCAAGUAUCAAGAUCCAAAACCAGACAUUUCAAUUUUUCGAGAGGCAAGUUUUGGGCAUGGAGAACUUGAUGUGGUAAAUGCAACUCAUGCACAAUGGUCAUGGCAUAGAAAUGAUGAUGAUGAAGCUGUUGUUGCUGAUACUAUUUGGAUAACAAAUCCUUCUUGUACACUAUAAAGCCAAACAAUUUAGAUUAAAAAAAACUAAAGAUUAUAUAUAUAUAUAUAUAUAUAUAAUAUACCUAUUGUGAGUGUAUUUUUUAUAU